AUGAACACUGCCACAUUUCCAGACCUGUCUGUGUGUGUGUCUGUGCUGCUGUGCUGUAGCUCUGCUGCCAUGUCAGUGCAUGCUGUUAUAUUAGGUUUAUUUAUAAGGGGAUAAAAAAAAAGGGAAGAUGCGCCUGGAGGGGAAACGUCACAUUUUCAGAAGGAGCGACAGUGUGGAGAGACUGUGACCGAGCCGGGGAGAGGAAUAUGCGGCACUGUCGGCCCGAAGCGUCGGAUCAUCCCCGGAUCAACGUGCUGUGGCUGGAGGAUGUGAUUUGUUCUCUUCAUUUCCAGCGACUCGGGCUUUUUUGAGAGCAGCACGUUUCAGCGGGAAUGAGUCAGGCCACCCCGGACCUCACGCAGCAGCUCCCCGGGAUCAGGACCAGGACACUGUCGGUGUCCUGAAUACAUAAGGACGCGUCUUUUUAAAGUUUACGCAAGUGUCACCAGAAAUACGCGGAUUUUAGUGUCAGAUGUGCAGUGAUGACUUGAGACAGGCGCGUUUCAUGUGCCCGGGAUGGAUGAGUGUUGCAGCCACCGCGCAGCCUGCUCCUGAGUCCAAUAAAGAAACUGGAAUCCAGGCUGGAAAGUGUCUCCUGCUGUAGAUCAUUUGGUGUCAAAGUUUGUAUUCCAGCUGUGAGGAUGCCACCCCGGGAGGAGGCCGGGACACUGCAUUUCUGGACACUGAGCUGAUUUGGAGACAGUCUGACGCGCACCUUCAUUUCUUUCCUGUUUUUUUUUGUGUGGGUUAUUUUUUUUUAUUUUUUUGGAUUGGUCCAAAAAUAUUUUUGCGUGCCCCUUGGACUCCUGCACAAUGGGGAUUAUGCUUCAAGUUAUUCUAGGAAUGUUUCAGUUCCUGCUGCUCACCAGAAUACCCGCGUCUCAUGCCAAGCUUGCUCACUGGCGGCCGGCAGACUCGCCCAAAUCCAGAGAGGGUCGAGAAGUGCGAAGGUGGUUGGAGGUGUAUUCAAGGAGCGGGUGUGAGCCUCGGGACACUCUGGUGGAGGUUUGGCGGGAGUUGCCGGGGGAGACCCACCACCUCUUUGUCCCGUCCUGUGUGUCGGUGAGGCGAUGUGGCGGCUGCUGUACCGACGAGGCCCUGGAGUGUGUGCCCUCGCUCACACAGACGCUCACCAUGGAGCUGAUGAGGAUGUCCUUCAUGAAACAUGAGCUCAUUGAGUUGCCCUUUGUCGAGCACAGCCAGUGUGAGUGCAGAUUAAAAGAAGAAUUCCAGCCAACACCAACAACUAGGCCACAUCUGAAGCCGACAAGAAAAGACAAGAAAAGGGAAAAAGGAAAGUCCAGACAGAAGAUGAGUGGAGACAUCAGAGCUGCGACUCAUCCCCCCCUGACUCUUCCUCCCCCAUCCCCUCCUCCUCCUACAACACCACCUCCCACCACCCUCUCUUCCUCUCCUGCUCCCUCACCGUCGCCCUCACCGACACCUUGUUGUCGCCCGUGCAAAGGGAGGAAGUGGGCACUGGAUGUGAUGACAUGUGAGUGCCGCUGCACCAUUAAAGCUGAGAGCUGCAGCCGGAAAGGCCGUAGGCUCAACCCUCACCGCUGCAGGUGUGAAGCCAUGAGGACUUGACUUGUCCAUCCACUUUCUUUUCACCUCCUCCUCUCUGCAUCCUCCUGCUGAUUCAUCAUCCACACUCAGCAUCACUGCCAUGGAGCAAACAGACACUUGGACAUCCACUAUCUCAGACUGAAGGAAAUAUCAUCGUAAGCACAUCAGAACCCGUAGUAGCGCCCUAGUCAAGCAACACGUGUAGCAUCACAGCUUCAAUUCACAGUAGAGCUACAUAGAGUAUGUGCGUGUUUGUGUUGUCUAUGUGCAGCCAGACAUCUUACCACCUGCUUGCUUCUGUGGAAAAGCUUCCAUCAGUCCACAUGUACAUGUAUGCACAGAUGUGCAGAGUCACUAAACUCAUCCCAUGAGUAGAAGGAUGGAACAGGAACGAUCAAACCGAACGAGAAGAAUAGAGAUGAAGUGGACCUACGCAGGCGUCAGACGUGUUGAUGCUGCAGUGGAAGUUGUGACAUUUUGCUCACAGGGAAACUACACAUGGGGACGUUAAAUCAAUGCUAAUGUUUGUGCAGACGAUUUAAAAAACAGAUCAUUGGUGGACACAUACGCUCAGACAUACCAGGAGAACACAGGACGUGCAUAUGAACUGGCACCCCAGUGUGCGAGGACCUAUAGUGAAGCUGAAUGCAGGGAUGGAGUGUAUCUGUGUGGUCUCCCUCUGAAAGACCCAGAUGGGUUAUCCCUGCAGCCGUUCUCUCUCAUUCAAAGCGUAUGACCACGGGCUGGCUCUCCAAGCCGCUUUCCGGCAUUUGUUUAAUUUGGCCUUUUGUCUCCAUCUUUUUCUCGGCACCUCGAUUGAAAGCAGCCGCUUUGCCUCCCUUUGCCUCGCUUUGAGGCAGUGAGGAGAAUGACAAUAAUGAGGACCUGGCGGCUGUCCACUACUUCACACACAAACAUUCACACUUAUAAUACCAGGAACACAGACAACACUGCAAAUGCAGAAACACAUUCUCUUUGUGCUGUAGAAGGCACACACACACACCCACAAAUACACACACAAACACACACACACACGCUCACACACUCACACAACGUGAAAUGAAUGCAGGUAGCCAUAAGCUUUUGUUCAUGCCACACCAAGUGUGCAAAUAAAUAUCUGAUGUUUAUAUUUGCAAUUUAAUGUUAAGUCCUCUUACUGUCUUAUUCUUCAUAUUGUAUUAUACGCCUUUGGUUUAUAUUUCUAUUAUAAUUCUGUAAAGAUGAUUGAAGAGUUAUUCUAUAUUGCAGAAUGUGUCUUUGUUUUGUUUUUGUUCAUCCUUAAUCCACCCUUAUAAAGAGUCGCUCUGGGUGGCCUGCUAUGAACACACUCAGCAUCCAAACCGAUACCCAAAUGUAUUGAAUUUAAACAGAGACGGCUCACACAGGCCACGAAUGGGAGACUAUAUACAUAAUAAUGUUUAUUUCAAACAAUCAGUGGGGCAGCGUUGUCCGCGGCACUCAGAAACCAAGCAAAUAGCCGUUCCCAGUGCUGUGAAAGGAAAACAUGGCUGUUGUUGUAACAUGCUCGAGCCAGGAUGGAAAGAGUAUUAUUCAUUUGGAACAUGACUUGUUUAUAUUCUGACUGAAUCUCUUGGUUUAACUCCAUGAUCGCUCAUGGCUGCUUGGCUGCUGGGUGGGAACUGAGUUUGUUGAGCUGUGUCUGGUCCAGAAAGGAUGAGGUCUCGAGCAGCGUGCUAGUCAGCAUGACAAGCUAAUGCCAGAGCUCUGCUGCCAUGACGAGGACCCACGGUGGCUGGUCAGAGAGUUGAAAUCCAUUUGUGACACUCAUUCAGAGUAAAUCUUAUUAUCGAUGUCUUAGCUCCAUGAGGAGGAGUAGCUGUUAAACUCUGUGAUUCAUGUCCGCACUCUCCCCGAGGAUUCACGCCACCUUGCUGAUUAUUGAACAGUCACCUGGAGACAGAUUGCAGUCCAGAGUCUGAAUUAUUUGUGUUAUGGCCUUGAAGCUUAAGAACUUUGUUUCAGCGGUCGGUGUGAUAAGCUCUGUAUUUAUUCUCUCCUGAGAUGAGAUUAUUUUUUUCCACGCUCACAUUCAUUGUUCACUGUUUGUUAUAACUGUCAAUCAAUGCUUCAAUCACUACCUCUAUAUCAUAUCAUAUUAAUGACCAAGUAUUAGAGCAUUGUUGUUACUUUCUCUGUGUUAUUUCAGACCUCUUCAAAGAUAAUGUUUUUAUUUACAUGCAGCAAUAAGCAGCAGAUUAUAUGUAGUGAUAAUACUGGUGUGGAGGAACCUACAGAGGAUUUCUGAGUGUGUCUUAGUAAUCUGAAAGGAAACGCUUUUUAAAAGAUGGAGAGAUGAGCUGGACCUCUGAGUGCAGACCAGACACUGUGUGGAACAGUAGAUUGUUUCCCAAAGCAUUUGUAGCCUAAAACUAAUGGUGACCAUUCUGGGCUUUUUAAGUAAUGGUUUCAUAUUUUGGGAAAUACACUUAAAGUUAAAUGAAAGGGUUUAAAUGUUUUCAGUAAAAAUGAAACAGAGGCUAGCAGUCAGUUAGCUGAACUUUGCAUAAAGAUUGAACACAGUGGGAAACACAUAGCAUCGACACAAAAUCCACGGUGCAGCGCUAAAAGGUAUUUGUUAAAAUGUGAAUCACUAUUUUUUAACCUGCAUAAAUGAGAAAAUGAAAAGUCACAGUUAUGUUCAGAACCGUUUGCUAGGUUUUUACAUUUGCUAUUUGCAAAAAUGCCAGGAAGUCACUACUCAUGGCCAAGACAUUGUCCCUCUCAUGACCCCCCGGUUAAUUAUAAUUCGUUUUUACGCAGAACUAACAAGUGAAAUAUGACAAAUAAAUCACAGCGCUUAGGGAUUUUGUUUCCUUCAAAUAGCUCUUGACAAGCUGUUGGCUUAGCUAAAUAUUUAUCAUACACUAAAAGAUUUCAAUUUUUUUUUAUUGACAUGUCUUAACAUGUUGGAGAAUGACAAAAGUGUAUUUCCCAAAUUUCCAAACUAUUCUUAUAAGUUUGUCUAACUCACUUGCAACUUUUUUAUGCUGAUGCAUUUGUUAUUUGUGUAAAAAGACACAUUUUCCAACCUUCAUUUCUUAAUACUAAUAUUGCAUUUUGUAAACAAGCAGGCAAAAGUAUUUGGGAAACCUUGAACCUCAGUGCAGAGUGCACUUGUGUUGGAGAUUGCAAAGCACAUGUUAUAUAUAUUAGUCAGUUCGGGGGAACAACAAUAAGGAAAAAAAAGAAAUUCUGCUGAUGGAAGACUCAGACUGAAAAGCUCCAUUCAUGCAGACAUGCCUUAUAUGUUGAUAACAUUCCACCAAAGGAGUUGUGGCAUCGAAUCUUCUUGUUUUAAAGUUCUUAUUCUGCAGCACAACUCUUUCAAAUAUACAGCUUGGACACAUUAGUACUGUACUCAAAUGUCCUGAUCGUGUGAGUAUUUAACAUCUGUGCUUUGUAUCCGCACAGUCUACAUUGUACUGUAAAGGUAGCCCUGUUCUCGCCUCCAGUGUCUUAGUAGCCUAGAGACCCCUUACUAACCAUGUCACAUUUUGUAAUCUCUAAUACUCAGCCAUGACUUUGUGUAUGACGUACAGCAAAUGUUAGAAAUGUAUUUGUAACUUCAUUCCAGCUGCAAUGAAUCCCUUCUCUGCAAACACGUUGUACUACUGUAGCCUAAAUGUAUAAAGAAAAACGUACACUCUUUUUUUGCUGCUACACCAUUUGUGCCCUUUUAUUAUGUCUCUGUAGGAAACAAUGCAGUUUCUUGUCGUCUUAGUAUAAAUGCCAAUUAAUCAAUUCAAUGUCCACACGAAAGUGUAUAAUGCAUCGUCAAAUAUACUGAAAAUGAUACCAGGAUACAACCGUGAU